AUGAUCAUUCUGGCUCGGGGAAAGUGCGGACUGACAAGGUGCAUCACCCAUUAUCUGACAGCGAUGGCUGCUGCAGAUCUUCUGGUGGUUUUCUCCAAUGCUGCGACAGGGAUAAUUUUCAACGCAGUUUACUCCCGGAUGCCACACACGGUUGUCUGCACCCUGCAGAAUGUAAUGGCUUUUGCAUCCUUCGACUGCUCCGUUUGGUUAACAGUCGCCUUCACCUUUGAUCGCUUUGUGGCCAUAUGUUACCAGAAAUUUAAAAUCAAGUACUGCACGGUUAGAACAGCCAGAAUAGCGAUAGGAACAGUGUAUGCAUUGAGUUUAUUAAGGAACAUUCCCUACUACUUUGCCUUUGAAUCUUAUGAAUUGUACGUGCCUAUCGGUUGUGUGGAAAAACUGGAAUAUCACUACCUGCCCGGGUGGCUUGCAUUCUCCUGGCUUCACAACAUUUUAACCCCUCUGCUGCCGUUCUUUGUUAUUCUGUUACUUAACAUCCUGACAGUCAGGUCUAUCCUGGUGGCGAGCAGAGCCCGCAGGAAGCUCCGCGCUCACGUCAGUGGCGAGAGAAAGGUCGACCCGGAGAUGGAGAGUCGGAUGAAAUCUAUCGUUUUACUCUUCUGUGUGUCGGGCAGCUUUAUCCUGCUGUGGCUGACGGAGGUGACCGUCUUCAUCCACUCCCAUGUUGCUAACAUACACGCUUACCCAAAUUGGGCUCACCCUAUGUUCAUGGCUUUUUCAGCCGGGGACAUGCUUAAAAUCCUGAGUUCGUGCACAAACACAUUUAUUUACAUUCUGACUCAGUCUAAGAUCAGAGAGGAACUGAGGAAUGCAAUCAAGUACCCCUUCACAAAACUUCUUGGGGUAGCUACACAGUAA